AUGCCAUCCCGCUCGGAAGUCUCUUAUUUCGGCGCCGGCCCGGCACCUCUGCCAACCUUUGUCCUCGAGACAGCCGCCGCCUCCCUUCUCAACCACGAAAACCAAGGUCUCGGUCUGGGCGAGAUCUCCCACCGCUCUCCGACCGCCAACAAGAUCAUCGCCGAUGCCAAGACCGCGCUCUCGCACCUCCUGAGCAUCCCAGAUGACGAGUAUGAGACCAUCUUCAUGCAGGGAGGUGGCAGCGGGGAAUUCAGUGCUGUGCUGCAGAACUGUGUGGUCGCGUGGGUGGAGCGGAGGAGGGAGAAAGCUGUCAAGGAAUUGGGUGAGGGCAAGGACAAGGAGGUAUUGGAGCGCGUGAGGAAGGAGGUGCAGGAGAUGAAGGUUGAGUAUCUUGUCACUGGCAGCUGGAGUCUGAAGGCGAGUCAGGAGGCGGCGAGGCUGAUUGGGCCAAAAUACGUGGAUGUAGUGAUGGAUGCAAGAAAGAGCGAUCCGAAGGGGAAGAACAAAUUUGGGGCAGUUCCGGAACUGCAGAGUCUGUCAACGGAGGGAAGGGCGCGGAAAGGAUACAGUGCGUUGACAUACUUCUGUGACAACGAGACGGUGGAUGGAGUUGAGUUUCCUAAGUUCCCGAGCGAGCUGGAGGGCAAUGAGGAGACGGAAGCGGGAGAGGAGCGCAUCGUCGCAGCGGAUAUGUCUUCCAACUUCCUGAGUCGGACGGUGGAUGUCAAGAAAUAUGGCAUUAUUUUUGCCGGCGCCCAAAAGAAUCUCGGACUCCCAGGCAUCACCGUCGUCAUCAUCCGCAAGUCACUCCUGAAGCUUACCACAUCUGCACCUGUUGCCUUCCUACACGCGCUAUCCGACCUCCUGCCCAACAUUAUCCCACCCAUCGUCUUCGAUCUCGCCACCCUCGCCAAGAACAACUCACUCUACAACACUCUGCCCGUCUUCAACCUAUACGUUGCCACACUCGUUCUCCAGUCCUUGUCUGCGAAGUACGGCCACAAGCGCAUCGGUGGCCAAGGAGAGAUCUCUGCGCGGAAAGCGGAGCAGAUCUAUGGCACGCUUGACAAGUACGCGAAUUUGUACAAUGUGGUACCAGAAAAGCACGCUAGGAGUCGGAUGAACGUGUGCUUCAGACUUAAGGGUGGGGACGAGGAGGCAGAGAAGAAGUUCGUCAAGGGCGCGGAGGAGAGAGGGCUGCUGGGUGUCAAAGGCCAUCGCAGUGUGGGCGGCAUCCGAGUGAGCAACUACAAUGCGGUUGGCGAAGAGGCUGUUGAGCGGCUGUGUCAAUUCAUGGUAGAUUUCGCCGAGAAGGAAGGCUGA